AUGGGUAAGAUAAUGCAACAUUUCAGUAGGUACGACACAAAUUGAGACUUACCGAAUUGCAAAUAAUUCGAGGAUUAACAGGAACAAAAUAAAUGCAGAAAUUGACCACAACACAAUGGGGAUAUUAGGAUCUGGGGUUUCAUCGCAAGUGACAUUGGGAAGAGGCCUCAAACAUGAACAAUUGUAGUUCGACAUCAUCACAUGGCAAUCUUCUGCGACACAGGUCAAAUUGCUGUCAGGAUUUACAUAUUGGUGGCCAUAGCCAUAGGAGUAACUAGACUUCACUUUUAUGGCUUUUAUAUUCCCCAAAUGAGAAAGCAUUAGUCGCGUUUGAAGAAAUUCCAUCGUGAAGAGUGAAGUAAAAAUAACAAGACUGCUUUUAUCCAAAAUAGAGGACCAAUUAAGUGGAGAUUCCCUUGAAAUCGAUUUCUAAAUAAUCCCAAAUUCAAAUAAUAUAAACACUUUCCAAGAACCUGUGCAAACAAAUUCCAGUUUCCAGUGAGCGUCACGUGCUAAUCAGGGGGGAUAUUUCCUGUACGUUGUAUAUUUCUAGCCAAUCAAGAUUCAUGAAAUGUGACCAAUUGUAGAGCUGACAAACUGACCAAUAACAACGAAGCAUCUUUUUUGGCGCUAAAAAUGUUUUGCCUAAUUUGGUAAAUUUCAGUCACUACUUUAUUCAAACGAUAUUUGGCUAUAAAUUGGUUUAAAAUAAAAUUAUAUAUUAUAAAAUAAAAGAAUGAAAUGGAAUUUUUAUAACAAAUAAGGUAAAAGAAGUAGAAAUUAGUCAUUUUACAUGUAAAUCGAAGACAGAUUUAUAGUCUACAAGGUCGGGGGGGGGGGGGGUAAUAAAGCUAGGAGUUGGGCAAUAUUGUUGGGAGUAAAUGAGUAAUAUAUCCCCCCCCCAAAAAAAAAAAAAAAAACUUUCCCGUGUGCGAAUAAAUUCUUCAGUGUAUUUUAUUCCCGUUUAUAACUGGCACAUUUUGUUAUUUUCCUGCAGACGGAUAUUCCGUGAAAUCUGUAUCGUAUCAGUGGAACAAGGUGUCGACUUCCAACACAUUGAUUCGUGAGUUGGCACAGUUUGUGUUGGUCAAAUCUUCCUCCUCGACACGGAAUAUUAUUUACUAUUCCGGUAAGUUUGAAUGAAAAUACUAAAUUUACAAAGGAAGACUUUAUAUACUGCGCCGGAUAGCUCAUUAGCAUGGGCGUACCGGAAGGAAAAAAUUAGGGGGGCGGAAAGAAAAUUGCCCGACUAGUACCAAAAAAUUUUUCCGGAAAAAUUAUUUUGGCGACCCCCCACCCACCCCCCCCCCCGGUCGCCAAAAAAAUUUCGGUCAGUGUACCAUUUUAGGGAUCAAAAAAAUUUUCCGGACAACCAAUUUUUUCGGAGCAUAACACAAAUUUUCGAAAAAUCACAAAAUUUGCCAAAAAAUUGACUUAAUUUUAGACAAAAUUGACAGAAUUUGUCCCAUUUUUUUUUAUUGCAAACCAAAAUUGCCCGACUGUUGAUCGAAUAUUGCCCGACUGCCCAAAAAACUGGGGGGGCUACCGCCCCCCCCGCCCGGUACGCCUAUGCUCAUUAGUUUUAAACUGUUCUUCCUGGAGGUCCAGUAAGAGGCAUCUCUUAUUAUCCAUCUUUCAUACGAAAGGAAAUCUUAUUUAAAACAACUUUUUCAGUAUAUAAUAUUCAAACCUCAUUACAUUAAUAAUUAAUCGGUGGUUUUGUCUGUGAUAAAAAAUCAUGUUCAUUUACAUAACGGCUUUAAAUUACUCCUUUAGCUUUGAUUUUUUCGGCUUAGACAACGUUUAGGUUUGAAAUUAGCUACUGCGCCAAUGAAUUCAUAAGAUGGGUCGUAUUUUAAGUCAUUUAAAGUCUGUGCUUUAUCAGAAAUAGAACACUCGAGCUGUGCUCUCGUGUUUUAUAUCUGAUCAAGUACUCCUGCUCAUGUUUUAAAUGGUACAUAAUGAAUUUUUAACUUCAUCUAUCAGUUCCGUAUAAAAGUGUGUUUCAGCAAUUUGUUUCUAUACGGGAUUGAGGCAAAAAUAUCCAUCACUAAAAGACCUAAAAAAUACACACUGCAAAGUGAUAAAACCCAACAGACAGCCACUAAAUACUAUUAGCACUGAUGAAGAUCCGGGCUUACGGAUCGAAAGCUUUGCCGUAAUAAAUUUACGUGGUGUUUCCACAAACAAAAGUAUGUUUUAUCGUCAUGCCGGCAAACCUACAAAGAACUCAGUAAGACAGCCACUAAUUUAAUCACUCUUUUUUUAGGUAAUUUCACUGUUUUAACAGCCACGUUUGAAUUCAAGCGUCGUGUGGGUUACUAUCUCCUGCAGGUGUACCUGCCUUGCGCUAUCCUAGUGAUGCUGAGCUGGAUAGCUUUCUGGAUGGACAAGCGAGACACAGGCAACCGUCUGACAGUUGGAGUCACGACAAUUUUAACCAUAAUGUUUUUACUCAGUUAUGGUAAUUCUUCCGUGCCCAAAAUGAGUUAUGUGAAAGCAAUGGAUAUUUAUCUCUUGACAUCAUUCGCAUUUAUCUUCUUCAGUCUUAUCGAAUCCGUGCUAUGUUGGAGGUUUGAGAAUGUCGCUGCCCGACAAGAUGAAAGUAACAAAGUAUGUAGGUUGUUUUAUAUCUUCACCCUGUUUAUCACGCAAUCUAGCCUGCAGCCAAUGAGACAAUCGCGCGCUAUUUUACUAUCAAAGUUUCUGUGAUCAUAGUAGUAAUGUUGAAUAGGAAUUUUGCAAUUUGUAAGAAAUGUGCCCGUAAUCUAAAAGCUCACUCACACUGGCUCUGGGCCGGUAAAUUCCAAGUUUUGAAAGAUUUGCAAAAACUGUUUGAGGAAACUGAAUCAGCACGCCAGUAUUCUAAAAGCUCACUCAUGAUCACACUCAAUGAGUAGAGGUUCAAUCUGAGCUUCUCUCGAGUGUCAAUGCUGUUUUUGAAUAGCUGUUUUUGAAUAGUUGUCAUACCUUACUAUGUGACUACUUCACCCUCCAGCUAUUAAAAAACAGCACAUAGUUCUAAAUUCCAAUUCGUGUGAAUAAUGCACAAAUUUUGAGGUGCAAUUCUGGCAAAAAGGGCAACCUGUUGCCCCCGUGCUGCCCCCGCAACGUUUGGGGAACGGGGGCAGUUGCCCCCGCUGCCCCCGUGGUUCCGGCGCCCCUGAUUACUGGAGGAAGUGCUUGGCAUACCAUGCAUGACUUAUGUAUUGAUAAUACAAAAAAAUAGGAAAGUGACUGGAUUACAUGGAGAGAGUUUUCGAAACAAUGGAACAUUCUAAUUACUCUAAUUAAAGAAACUAACGUUCUUCACUCGAAUUGAAACGCCGAACUCGGCCAAAGAAGAUGUUAGUUGUUAAUUGAAUCUUUUUCAGUUAUUUCAGACCACUGGUCCAGCCACACUGAACCAGACAACGCCUGUAUGUCACAAGAUAAUAAAUAUAUAUCUUCUUUCAGGCAACACCCAAACACAUGUCGGCCAAUGACGUGCCUCCGGUUCUCAACGAAAACAGUCACUGGCGAGGUCUCAACAAGCGGGUUACCGGUGAAUCGAAGCUUACACCAGGGGAUAACUGCGAGAACAGUGUCCCUAAACCUCCCUCCAAUCCUGAAAUUGAUGAUGUCAUCCUUCAAAAGCUUGCCAAGUGUUUGGACAGGAUUCAAACAGCAACCGGACGAAACGAGACAAAACCAAACAAAAAGUCUCGUUAUGAGUUGGAUACUUUUGCCCGAAUUAUUUUUCCUGUUUCUUUCGUUCUGUUCAAUAUUAUAUAUUGGUCGGUUUGGCCGAUAGAAACAUGACGCGUUUCACAGGGUUUUUUCCUGGAACGAUAUCAGGGUUCGUGCUGGUCUUAAAAAGUUGAAUUCAAGGAGUAAUUACGGAGUUUUUAAGUAGUAAAAUAGCACUUUUCAAGGACUGUUUGAGAUGUUUUCUCUCAAAGAAAAUGAAAGGAAAAUGGCAGGAAAAUCGAACCCAGAUCAAGCCCAAGUAUUGACCGGUGUAAUAUUGAAGAAUAUGUAUCAACGAUCCGUUUCUAACGCCGGUUUUUGCACAACGAAAUACCUAUGGCAAUUAACAAAACUUAAUACUAUAGUUUCACUUACUAUUUACUGGCAAAAAAUUUUCAAGGAGCGUUUGUGGAGUUUUUUUAAAACUGUAAAUUUCAAGAGCUUUUCAAGCGCCCUUGAAAAGUCAAAACUUAUUCAAAUAGUAUUUAAGGAGUAGCACGAACCCCGGAUAUGGACAUCCAUAUUUUGAUUUUUCCCUUUUUGCAGUUUUGAAAAUGCUUGAAUCAUAGAAUUUUCAUUAUAUAUAAAUUAUCGUGCAUGCAGGCAUUUAGUUGCCAUCACAGCUAUAAACUACAGUAAAUCAGUAGCUCUUCAUUAAAAAAACUGAUUCUAUUAAAUAUUACAGUAAACCUAUUCUACAUUUACAUAAUUGUUUAUAAAUUAG